AACAUAUUUGACACAUAAUAACAUCCAAGUAUAUUAUAAUAAACUCUGCAUCAUGCUGAUAUUCAAAUCAAAAAGAAAAAACAAAAAGUUAUCAUAUUUGUAAUAUGUGUAUUGAAUCAUCUUCCUUCCAUUAAGUUUUAAUUCUCAUAUAUUUAUUUAUAUCUGAAUUGAAACUUAAUUUGUGAAGGAAGAUGGAUUUAAAUAUAACUGCAAAUGAGACCUUAUACUUUGCAAUUCAAGGAAUCAAUCACACUGCAUUCAAUGUUUGUUCUGCAGCUCCACCAAAUAUUGUUUCAGAUGGAUUAUGGGGUGGUCAACUUAAUGGAAGGAUUCCAUCGAAGUCUUCAUUACCUGUGUUUGAGUUGCAAGUGAUUGUGAUUUUUGCUAUCACACAAAUAUGCAAUUUCUUAUUAAAGCGUUUGGAUUUCCCUGAAUUUAUUGGACAAAUAUUGGCUGGCCUAAUUCUAGGCCCUUCUAUUCAGAUAGAAGCACUUGACCAUUACAAGAAGAUGUUGUUUCCAUAUGGAAGUCAAGAUACACUUGCAACAAUAGCAGCAAUUGGUUAUGCACUUUUCAUAUUCAUAAAUGCUGUGCAAAUGGAUUUGAGCAUGGUAACAAGAACAGGACAGAAAGCUUGGACAAUUGCCAUCAUGGGAUUGGUUGUACCUUUAUUUAUUGGUUUCACAUUUGAAGCCAACAUGCUUUCAACAAUAGAUGUUCAUCUCAAAGAACUAAAUAUAGAAAUGCCUAAGGUGGUUAUAGCACAUACUGUCAUUUCAUUUGCAGUCAUUGCUUCCCUCCUUGAGGAACUCAAAAUCAUAAACUCUGAACUCGGAAGAUUGGCAUUAUCGUCGGUAUUGGUCAGCGACAUUCUAGGAACAACUAUUGGAGCCGUUAGUAAUGUCUUGAUGUAUCAAGAUAACUUAAAAAAGAUGGCGAUUCUUGGAAUAUCAUUGUUCGCUUUCGGUAUCCUUGUUCCGUUGGUUUUUCGGCCUAUAAUGUUUUGGAUCAUCGGACAUACUAAAGAAGGAAGACCUGUGGAUGAUAGUUACAUCUAUGUUAUCAUUCUUAUGGUUUUUAGUUUAGGUUGGCUUUCAGUUUACAUAAACCAAGAUUUUAUCUUAGGUGCAUUUGUUUUGGGGUUGGCUGUUCCAGAAGGACCUCCACUAGGAUCUGCAUUGGUUAAAAAGCUUCAAUUCUUUGGUAAAAGCUUCUUUCUUCCUAUAUUUGUGACUUGUGGUGCGAUGAAAGCAGAUUUUUCAUUGCCACAUGCAUUAAGAGCAUUGAUUGGUGUUAGUAGCGUCAUUGGUGUUACACAUAUUGUCAAAACAAUAUCAUACAUCAUACCUUCCCUCAUUUGCAAGAUAAAUGCCAAAGGUGUAGUGGAUGUUGGCAUAUUUUCUGGCUUAUAUGAUCAACAGGUUUUGUCUGGUCCAACUUAUGGAGCGAUGAUAAUAAGCAUAAUGGUCAUAUCAUGCAUAGUAAAAUGGUCAGUGAAGUUAUUGUAUGAUCCAUCAAGAAAAUAUGCUGGCUACCAAAAAAGGAACAUCAUGAGUUUAAAACCAGACUCAGAACUGAGACUACUUUCUUGCAUUCACAAACAAUACAACGUAUCUGCUAUAACAGAUGUCCUUGACAUUUGUUCUCCAACAACAGAACAUCCUGUAGUUGUGGAUGCAUUGCAUCUGAUUGAGCUAGUUGGGAGGACAUCCCCUAUUUUCAUCUCCCACCGUCUUCAAAAAACGAUUUCCAGUUCCCACAAAUCUUACUCGGACGAUGUUAUUCUUGCUUUUGACCUUUAUGAACAUGACAACCUUGGUGGAGCAACUGCACACACUUACACAGCCAUAUCACCACCUACACUUAUGCAUGAAGAUGUUUGUCAACUUGCAUUGGACAAAGUUGCAUCCAUCAUAAUUCUUCCAUUCCAUAGAAGAUGGACUAUUGAUGGUGGCGUUGAAUCUGAUGACAAGAACAUAAGGUCCUUGAAUUCCAAGGUACUAGAAGUAGCUCCAUGCUCGAUAGGAAUUCUCGUGACUCGUUCUUCAUUACAAAACAACGCGUUGAUUCGGCUAGCCAUGGUCUUUCUCGGUGGAAGAGACGACAGAGAGGCUUUGUGCUUAGCUAAAAGAGCGAUAAGGAACCCAAGGAUCAACUUGGUUGUAUAUCACCUUUCAAUUGAGAAAAACAUACCAAACAUGGAGUAUCUACUAGAUAAUGAGGCAUUGGAAGAAAUAAGAAGAUUACCACAUUAUGGCUCAGAUAAUGUUUGUUAUCAAAAAGUGAUUGUAAACGAUGGUCCAGGGACAUCGGCUAUUCUUCGUGAUAUAGCGAAUGAGCAUGACUUUUUCAUUGUUGGGAGAACACAUGACUUAGACUUACCUCAGAUAGAAGGACUAACAAAUUGGAGUGAAUUUACAGAGUUAGGUGUCAUUGGUGAUUUGCUUGCUUCACCAGAUUUUGAGAGCAGAGCUGGUGUUUUGGUAGUACAACAACAAGUCAAAGACAAAUAGCUGGUGGAAAUCUUAGUAGCCAAAAAGAAAGAAGAAAAAUAAAGAGAUGAUGCAAUGUACAAAACAACAAAGCUAUACUCUCUUUUUUUCCACACACCAAAAGAGGGUAAGGAUCUUCUUCCAUCCCCUUUUAUGGGGAUGUGAGUGAGAAUGGCAGGGAAGAGAAAGUAUGAAAUCUGAUUGGGUGAAGUGGUGGAAAAAAAAAGAGAUAGAAAGAAAAAAGUGUAACCAAAAAACAGAAUUGCUUAUGUACAAGUUAUUUACAUUAUUUUUUUAAAUACAAGGUAGUUACACAUUCUUUUCA